CUAGCAGUGUUAGCUGUUGAGUUCGGACUACACUUUUAAGUAUUUGUCACAACAUAAGUGAAGAAAUGUCAUCUUUGUGCGGUUCCAGUAAUGGCUGGGAAGAUACAGGCCAAGAGUCUGCAGACAUGCAGGACAAGGAGCACCCUCGCGUUUUGAUCCCUGAGUUAUGCAGACUCUUCUAUCAGCUGGGGUGGGUAACAGGGACGGGUGGAGGGAUCAGCCUGCGAAGAGGAAACCACAUCUACAUUGCACCAUCAGGAGUCCAGAAAGAGAGAAUACAGCCUGAAGAUAUGUUUGUGUGCGAUGUGGAGGAGAGAGAUGUCAGCUGCCCGCCUGCCUGGAAGAAUCUGAAGAAGAGCCAGUGUACCCCGCUUUUUAUGAAUGCUUACACAAUGAGAGGAGCAGAAGCUGUUAUCCACACCCACUCCAAGGCUGCUGUCAUGGCAACGCUGCUGUAUCUUGGCAAAGAGUUCAGGAUUACACACCAGGAGAUGAUCAAGGGGAUUCGUAAAGGCACCUCGGGCACAAAUUAUCGCUAUGACGAGACCUUGGUUGUGCCCAUCAUUGAGAACACUCCAGAGGAGAGAGACUUAAAAGACUGGAUGGCUCGGGCAAUGGAGCAAUACCCAGAAUCAUGUGCAGUCCUGGUCCGCCGACACGGGGUCUACGUUUGGGGUGAAUCAUGGGAAAAAGCCAAGACCAUGUGCGAGUGCUACGACUACCUUUUUGACAUCGCGGUCCAGAUGAAGCGGUGCGGACUGGACCCUUCAGCCCUCCCCGCAGAAGAAAAGGAAAUACUCUGAAAUUACUGCAUUUGCUGUUUCAUGGCGUGCAAUCAAGAGAACAGAUUGUAAUCAUUUCCUUUUCAUAAUGUCCAGCUUUCAAAUCAGCUGAAAUUUGAAGGCAGGCGCCGACUUGCAGUUGAAGAAAAAACUGAGCUGAAGCCCUUGGCAGCACGCUGCAAAGCACUGUGGCAAAACUCACAAGUGAGCGGCUGUAAAAUCAGCAGCGCUUUCAAAUUAUUUCCUAUUCAAAUUCGAGUGAUCGUGGAGUGGUGGUCUGAACGUGCUGCACAUUUCUGCUGAUCUGCAACGAUGAUUAGCCACCUUAUGGAACAGGCAGGGAAAAUUGUGUAUUUUUUUUCUGUUUUGAAGAUGAACAUAAAUAAGUGAAAGUAAAUGAAGAGAAAGUAAAAAAGCUCUUUUUUGUUUUGUUUUUCAUCCAUUGCUAAUGAAUCCUCUGUUGCAGUCAUUACUCAUCGAAAACUUACCAACCACUGAAAAUAUUGUCCUGGUCGGAAUUAAUUCAACUUUAAGAACAUAAUUUAAUAUAUAUUCACAAUUUAAAUAAACACAAACAUAACCAGUUUUGGGUUAUCAAAAUAUUCAAUAAAAACAACAAAGGGAGGAAAAAAAUGUACAUGUGACACACAAAUCAUUUUUACAGCCU